AUGUCCCUUCCACCUAUUGCGGCUUGGAAUGUUAGAGGGUUUAACAACCCUGUCAAAGUCAAAUUAUGCAAAGACCUUAUAACCGCCUACAAUUUAAAGCUUUUAUGUAUUUUAGAAGCUAAAAUCAAUGAUGUUGCUAUUGCUGACCCUUGGUUUUCUUUUACACAUGCCUUAUUUGAGAAUGAGCAAAGUUGUGAUAACUUUAACCUAUCUACUCCUGGUAGAAUUUGGGUUAAGUGGGACUCAUCUCAUUUGUCCUUUUCCCCUUCUUUCUAUUCCUCCCAAGUCAUUCAUGGCCUUGAUAAUGCCGGAUCCUUACCCCCUUUUCACCUCUCGGUGGUUUAUGCUGCAAACAGUCUGGAUAAUAGGAAAGUUCCGUGGGAUGAUCUCCUUGGUCUUUCUGCUAGUUUGCCUGUGAAAAAGCUGGUGGUAACUAUGUCUCAUGACCGUGUGGGAGAGCUUAAUAAUUUUGUUUUUGAGUUUGGAGUUCAGGAUCUUGCUUCUGUGGGGUUAUUCUAUACAUGGUUUAAUCAAAGGGUUGAUUUUCCAAUUCAUAUCAAGCUUGAUAGAAUGUUGGUCAACUCUACUUUUUUAGAUGUUUUUCCUACUGCUUACUACAAAGUAGAUUCCUACUCUGGGUCUGAUCACGCCCCCCUGAUUAUUUAUUCUUCCCAUUUCAGAAGAAUGGCUUCUAGGUUCAUGUUUAAAGAAUUUUGGACUAAGUUGGAUGAUUUUUGGGUGGAAACUCAAUUGGCUUUUGAGAGGACACCUUGUGCUAGUCCCAUUGCUUCCUUUUAUGAAUGUUUGAGAUAUCUUAAAGUGGUUAUUCGCAAGAAGAAUUGGUGUUCUUCUAAUUAUAUCUCUAAUAGCAUUCUUGAGCUAAAAAAUUUGCAGUUUCAAUACUUAUCUGAUAUUCAAAGGGAACCUUUAAACCUUGCAUUGAACAUUGCUCUUAAGAACACUAAUGACCAGUUAGCUUCCUUUCAAGCUGCCUGGAAUGUUAUCAAGGAACUUUCUUCUCCUCAUGGUUUACUCUCAUCUCAUGCUGAUAAGGCCCAAGCUUUGAUUAACCAUUUUAAGAUACUUUAUAAUGCUCCUACUCCACCUUUGGAAAACUCUUUUAAUAUCCCUGUUGGUAAUACUAUUCCAUCCUAUUUAAUUGCGGGUUUGUUAUGUCCGGUCACUAAUGAGGAAAUCAAGAAGGUGGUAUUUGUAGGGACCACCUCAUCUGCCCCAGGCCCGGAUGGCUUCUCCUUUGGUUUCUACCAACAUACUUGGCACAUUAUUGGCUUUCAACUUUGUAGAGUUGUUAAACAUUUCUUCUCUACUCGGCAGAUGCCUAGAGGGGCUAAAGCCACGACCAUCACCCAUAUCCCUAAGGGCUUAAGCAAAAAGGUUUUCCGGAUACUUUCAUCACGUGGAUUAAUGGGUGUAUUUCUGAAGUUCAUUUCUUCAUUUGUCUUAAUGGUGUUUUGGAAGGAAAAACGUCGAAAUCUUGCGGUUUUUUCCGGCGGUUACGCUAGAUUAACAGGCGGUUUUAUGUAUUACCGGCGGCUUUACGGCGAUUUUCCAACCACCGGAAAAAAUGGUAUAGGAAACUUCUACCGGCGUUUUUUUACCGGCGGUUUAUGUUGGCGGCGAUUUUCCGUCAGU